AAUCUUUUCUGAUUGCAUCCGGCGCUCCUGGACUUUCUCGACUUACAGACAGUGUGCGUGUCUAAAGGCGGCAACGUUUGAUCUUGAGUGUGACAUGGCCACAAAAACCUUGACAGUUCCAGUUGCCCCAGGUAGUUCAUGUAAUGGAGCUCUCAAUUCAAGACAACUGGUUCAACUAACCGUUCUCUAUCCACAAGGGGGAAUUAUAGGAUGGAAAAAACGAACGUUAUACAUUCUUCUUAUUCUCUUGGUUUCUGUCGUUGUCAUUAAUAUGACCCUAAUACUAUGGAUAAUCAAAAUUCUGGACCUAACUUCGGAAGGCCCUGGAAAAAUACGCCUUUUGGAUAAAGGUCUACAGUUAUAUAGUACAGUUGAAUUCUUGGAUUCAUUGAGUGGAAAAUAUAUAAUUGUUGACCCUAGUCAGCCAUUGAAAAUCGAAUCUGAUCGAAAUGUUUCCAUGCAAGCACGGAAUAGUAGAGGAUUCAUUACAAAUAUCCUAAGUUUAGGAGAAGCCGGUUUACAAGCUAUUGGAAACUAUUUCAUCAUCCGAGACCCAUCCGAUAAUGUACUGUUGCAGGUGGACUCUCAUGAUAUGGUGGUUUCAGCCAAUCACAUGGUAGUAUCUGAAUCUGGAGGAUUUCGCUUGGAUGGUUCAUUAGAAACGCCUUUAGCUAGGGGAAGUGCAACAAAAGACCUUCGUUUAGAGUCACUUCUGAAGAAAGUGAAAAUUCGUAGUGAAGGAAAAGUGCAAGUGAAUUCACCAGCUGGAGGAAUAUCUGUUUCUGGUCUGAAAGAUAUGAAUCUUAAAUCAACAGGCGGAAGAGUGGUGAUUGAUAGCAGCCGAUUAGAAAUGAAGAAUCUAAAACUCUCACGCAGAACCCCAAACGACAGAAGCCUUCAAGAUGUUUACCAGGUGUGCAUGUGUGACAACGGCCGGCUUUUCUUAGCACACAGAGAAGGUUAUUGCCAAAUUCAAGAAUCUGUUUGCAAAGAUACUGCACAAGAUAGAUAUCGAUUGCGCGAUACAAGAUCUAGAGAAUGCAAUGGGUGGNAUGUUUGA